AGUCGCCCCCUUCUACGCAAACGGAAGUGAUGAACAUCUAGGGCGAUGGGCCAUCAGCGCCAAGGAUACAAAUGGAAUCAUGGCGGGAGCGAGGAUAUGUACCGGAUUCAGACUCAGAAUCAGAGGAUGGAUUUGGCAGUCAGGAUAUCGAGGCGUUGACGAGCAAGGAUGAUGAAGGGGCUGGUGUACCGGUGACUGAAGAUGUUGCGACAACCCCUACGAAAAAAACCGGCCAGACUUCAAAGAGGGAUAGAGUUGAGGAGGAAGCUCAUAACUCUCCGAGUGGCGACGAUGCCGAAGUUUCGCAAAAUGAUACUCCUAGUCAAUCUACCGUGGACAGGGAUGUGAGCGUUGAAGAUGGACAAGAAACUCUGAGUGUGGCGCAGUCCGAGGAGGAAGGAAAGCAGGAAGCAGAUGACACUUCUGAGGCCGGCAUUGAAACACUCAAUGGGAAGACUGAGGAGCAGGAAAUUCGAUCACAGACUCCGUCUGCGAGAGGAGAGGAGGCAGAGUCACGCUCAUCCCCAGGCUUACCAGAUGCCCCAGAUGCUCCAGAUGUUAGUCCAUCGACUCCACGAGCAAAGCAAAACAAGGAUGUGUGGGCUGUCCCUAGUUCCUCUCCAGAUGAGCUGCAGUUCGAGUUCAGACCUGUCCGGAAGCCAGUGACUCACCCAUCAAGGGUUGAAGAAGAUGGGACACAACCAAGGGAGAAUAUGGAUUUAUCUCCUCUUUCUUCCCCAUUGUCAUCUCUUCAUUCUUUGCGCUCGGAUGAUGAUACUCAGGAGGCUCCGGAUAACCAGGACGAUCGAAUUCACACCGACGACCAGGGCCCUCAAAACGACCAAAAUGACCAAGAACGAACCGAAACGGCAUCGGAACAGAACCUCGAGGAGCUGCUUCCUCCCCUCGAGAUUCCGGAGGAUAUACUACAAGAACUGGCCCAACCGAUGCGAAGGUCGUUGAGACAGCGCAAUCCCAUCCAGAUGCAUCCUUAUUUGCUCGAAGAUGCUAAAUAUCAAAAUCUUAUGAAAGCAAGAGGCAUAAAGCCUGUACGUAUAGCCCAGUACCAGCAAGCUUUGCGUGACCGUGAAGCAGCAGAAAGCCAAAACCAGAACUCUUUCGAAAGUGCUGCACCGCCAUCGAGUAGCCCUGUGCCAGACUUUCAAUCUCUACCUUCGUCUCCUGCAGACCCUCGUCAGGUACUCGAAAAACGAACACAACAUACACCUGGACGUCGGCGUGAUCAUCAACCUUCGGGCCCUUCCUCACCGGGCAAAGGAGCUCAUAUACCGAAGCGUCGGAAAAUAUCACACCCUGAUCGCAAUAAACAAAAUGGGCCGCAGAAUUCGCCAAAACCCAGAGUGGUCAUUGAUAACUCUACAACCCCCCGAGGGUCAGAGCCGACCUCUAUCUUCGACAUUCAUUCUACCCCGCCACGCUCGGGAAGUAUCUCUUCAACGCAAACCAUAAAACCUUCAGGGGUGUUCAGAUUUCCACCUGGAUUUACACCGCCGGCAACUAAUACGCCUGCUACGGAGUCGAGGUUGCAAACGACGAAUGCCGACGAUGCUAAUGCUAUGGAUUUGUCUGAGGAUGGUGGUGAUGGUGAUCAGGAUCCUACAGAUGUGGAAUCCAUAUCUUCUCAAAGCCAGGCGAAUUCAGAUGCAGAGGAUGGAAAUGACAACGACGAAGCUGCUGUUAAGGCAAUGAAGCGUAGGAUAAAGGGCGUUCUUCCAGCAUCAUGGCUUCGACUCGACCAGCAAAAACAGACUCAGAAACUCCCAAGUUCUACACAGCGACAUCGUGACCUGGCAGCUGCACAGAGAGCAGAGAAUGGGAAGGGUGUCGCCAAAAAGAUAAUGAGAAGGGGCGAUUCUACCAGAGCACGAAGCCCUAACCGGCCUUUGGCUGCUUUAAGUCAUCUCGCUGAUGACGAUGACAGUGAUGAUGAUAGAAGAGAUAAUAGCCCUGCUCGAGAUAACACACGCGAGGUACUAGCCAGCAUAGUCGGGUUUGACGAUCCGUUCCAUGACCAAGAUAUUGGCGAUGAUCUCCCAGAAGAUAACCGAAUCGAUUACAUGUUUCCAUCGGUACCGCGCGCCUCAUCUUCCCGGAGUGGGAAACCCAAACCCGGCAAGAAACGACAGAGGCCUGAGAAAGAUAGCAUGCGGAGUGAAAGCCACCGGAAACGGGCUCGUCUUAAGCGGCAGACUAGGAUAACCGAUUCCGCCUAUGGAGGACAGCAGGCAAAACGAUCCUCUUUCAAGGUACCUAGGCUUGGUAUCCUAGAUGCACCAGAGGUUGCUCAGCAGCCUCGAAAAGAACAGCCGCAGUUCCUCAGAGUUGCUGCUCGACAAGCUCGCUCGCGCCGAGAUGAGGGCAGGGAGAGCCCAACUCGCAAGUUCGUUAAAUUGGGCUCAAGGCUAGACACGGAAGAUGCCAAUUCGUCCUUGCGUGAAUGGCGGAAGGGGAAAAUUUCACAACAGAAGAGAUCAGCACAGCCACGACCCAAACCUAGUCAGCGAAGGACACUGAUGAAUUUCCUCGCAGACAAGCGCGAUUCCUUCGACCUGCGCAAUGCUCAAGGAACAAGUCGACCGACAGUAAUCGAUAUUGAACCAACAGUCCGCUCUGAAGGUAGGGGCACUACACCGGAGCCCGUCUCAAGCUCGAACCUUCCGACAUCAACACCGACAUUGAAACAAAAUAUCGCUUCUAAGAGGGCACCGCAGUUUGAGCAGCGCGGUAACAAAUGGGUUAUUCGGAGAAAUCUUGCUAUCUCGUCUUUGAAGAGAAACACUCCGAGACCCGCAGAGCCAGAGAUAGAAAACACCGGUGGUAAUACUGCAUCCCCAACAUUAUUCCAACGGUCACUCUCUGCCCUCAAUCAAGAUUAUCGGCAGAAGCGCACAUUUCAGACCAAUAAUCAAAGCUUAACGCUGGAUCGAUUCCUCUCUGACAGUGCUUCAUCUGCUAAUCCGCCUGGUAGCCGGCAACCACCUCCAGCUAGACAGGCAAAUGCAGUGAAUAAUGCAGGCCCACAGGCACCAUUCCAGGCACGACCCCGUCAACUGAAGAAGCGCCCUCCGAAGAGACUUGACCUGGGUGCAGCUGAACAUCAAGAACCGCCCACGAUCUUAUCACCCGCUAUAGAGUCGCCCGCUCCACGCCCGGAUUUCUCACGUCCUUCAAACCAGGUCGCUGGUGGACUAGUCUCAUUCCAACGCUCGUAUCCUGUUGAUUUCAACAUUACCCCCCUCAGCCCCGGAACAUUCUUCCAUGAAUCUACAUUUGUGGGAAGUGGGGAGUUUGCGCGGUCUCUUGAUGUCCUUGCGCGUGACUUGGACAAGGAUGCUGGCCUUUUCCAUCUCAACGUCGGGGACCGGAGCUUUCGCUGGAGUGCUUGGAAUGAUACUGUGUCUUCAGAACUCGGGCUAGCAUUCGAAAAGUUGACCGAAGAGAUUGAGAACGGCGCAGCUUCUAUGGAAACGGACGUUGAAAGUAACAUCAGUAAAGGCUGCACCAUAUACCGGUCCAUGGUUAAAUAUGUUACUGAAUCCCUGACAUUCAUCGACCCAAUCGAUAGAACAGGAUUUGUAACAAGGGUUCAUAGCCUUGUUUCAGAACUAAAUGACAAUCUGACAGCAUUUGUUUCGACGAAUGACCGGAACAGGAAUUACCUCAUCAGAAUAGCCUCUUAUGAUGUUGUAUUUGCAAACCAGAUAUGCCAAGUCGCUUCACAUAAUAUCGUCAACGAUGCAGUUGCAAAUGAAGCUUUGCAGCUCCUUAAAUCUGUUUCGAAGCAAAUCCUGAUAUUAAUAUCGAACCAAGAAGGACCGACGGAGAUCCGAAAAUUCCUCAACGAUAAUAAAAUAUCUGAGCGGCGCGAUACAGGUGUCAGUGAUCAUCAUGCGACUGUUGAAGCCUACGUUAUUGUCCAACGUGUCCUGCGCAACACGGAGAAAUUGAAAGGCUGCUUUGAGGACUUCGUCGCAGAAAAUCUCCUCGAGCCAGGGGUUGACGAUCAAAGCAAACCAAAGGAAGUCCCGCAAUUAGAAAAUGGAUGGCAUAGUCUAUUUACGACACUGCCUCUCAGUGAAGUAGAUCAGUUCGGAAUUGGUCGGGUUGGGUCUCGGUUCAGGGAGUCUCACGACAAUUGGAAGAUGGUGAAACGACUGUUGAGCCCGGUUCUGGAUGAUUAUCAAGGCAAUUCUGCGACACAGCCCUUUUCAUUCAAUAAUUACUGUCGGGUCCUGUUCCAUAGGUGUUUCCAUCUCAUCAACGGCUGGGGAUGGCGAGAUUGCAGAGUGAUUCUCAAUACACUCUAUGACUUUUUUGCGAGGAAAACAGGGCUUUACAAUCUGAGCCAUGAGGAAAGUUUUGGGUCUCCGGCCUUCCUCGAUGACCUUGACCGCAAUCCUUCUCUUGAUGUAAUACCUGGGGACCCAUGCUUCCAUAUCCUGUUAAAGAUUAUAGGGAGUGGAUUACGCUUUAUGUCUACGGUUUACGACAAGAAGAAGAUUCGAAACUUUGCCUGGUGCUUAUUGCCAAACCAUGGUCGAGUUUACCCGAAGGAAGCAUCUGUUCGCCAAGAAGACUUGGAUGCCCUACGAAACCACCAUGAUCUUCUUUGCACAUUGUACUUCGCUGUCCCUGAAGGAUGUCGCCCUCGGCUUGAGACGAUCAGGGGUCUUGUGCAUCCCGGUAAUUCUCAUCGUGAAGCCUGCAACAUUAGCAUUCGCUCAUGGCUUAGACUUGCUCGGUUCAAGAUAUCGACAGACGAAGAUGUAUCUGGACUAGAUGCCUUUGCUGAUUGGCAUAGCUACUUUGUGACCGAGUUACUGAAGCAGCACUCCCUUGCUCGCAAAGAGGUAGAGGCCCAAAGUGGUGAAGACAACCAAUUUCCCCACAAAUUAAUUGAGCGAACAAUCUCACAAAAUCAAAGACAGAUUGAAUCGUUACUAAAUACAGCCUUGGCUGGUCUUCGAAGCAGUGUCCAACUAUCACCGACGAUAGAGCAUUCUCAGAGACUCGUUUCCAAGAUGCCCGUGAAAGCAGUCCUGGGGCUUUUCAAUCCUAAGCUUGCUCGUGUGAACACCACUGUAUCGGAGGCUUUGCAGAUAAUAUUGGCGUAUAUCCAGAAGUGUGAAUCACCUGCUGCUGCUGCUGUCGUCGCCGUUCAAGCUUCUGCAGACGAAGACAGUCAAGAAUACGGAGACUGGACCGAGUUCGAAGACAUGUACAAAGACGAAUCCGCCGCAGCUCCAGCUCCAACUCCAACAAGCCAGGCAGUAGAGCAUAUUGAAGCUGUUUUUCACCCGGCUGUUUCCCGCCUCGUGUCCAAUUGCUUUGGUGAAGAUUAUUGCCCGGAAGAUGCAAUUCUUCUUACUGUUGUGGAUUGUUGGACCUCCGUUGCACAGACACUUGUUACGCAUAAACUUCGACACUGGGAUAACUACCUUAGCCCAUAUGAUGGCGAUUCAUGGACAGCACUUCGGUCAACUGUGCAGACAAGAAAAUUCACACCCCAAUUCUUAGCGAGCUGCAUUGAAAAGGAUUCCCAUUUCAUCUCCGAGUGCAGAGUCCAAAUUCUGGGGAUGUGGAUGUCAACUUUGGUGGAAAGGGCGUCAAUGUUGAAGUUUCAACACCGCUUAACAGAAGCGUUGUUACAUCAGGAUCGCGCCAACCCUCUCCUGCAUAAUUUGCCGUUCUCCAGAGACCGUAAGAGUGAGCGGUAUUCCAUCACGUUGGAAGAUUUCAGUCAAAGAAGAUUAUCGCUCAUCUCAAGUCUUCUGUCGAACAUGCGUGAGCAUCUUCAAGACAUGGAGGAUACUGACAACCGAGACCUCCCAAUCACCAAACAGGAGUACAGAGAGCUUAUUCAAAGACUCAUGUCGUCCAUGAAAUCCAACUAUCAAGAACUAGGAAACGGCUCAGAGUCUAUUCAAGGAGCUUAUGUGAAUUUCGUGCACCGCAUUGUGGGAUUCUUGCAACAGCACUCGAGAGAUAUUUGCCCUAUUGAUCCGUUCUUUACUGACCCCACCUCCUUCCCUCUGCCUUCAACCGACCCAACGUACAUUGUGGCCAGAUUGAAGAGUUAUGAACCUAAACUCUCCACUGAAAAGGUAGCAAAGACCUUGAUAGUGUUCAUACAAGGUGUCUCAGAGCGAGCUGCAAUCGACGGCCAACAGAGCUAUCUCGUUGACCAGCUGCAUGCAUCUAUGGAAAAUACUUAUGAAGCAGGAAAUCCCAACAAACCUACGCUGCGUGCGAUUCUGCUGCAGUGCGUGUUUCCAGCUUACCUUGAGAUAGCUUUCAGCAAGCCAGCCGCGUGGAUUCUCACUCUUCCGAUCUUGCAAACCAUUUCCUUGGUUUUUAAGGAUUUGCUUUUCAGUAUAGACACAACAGAUCCAAGCUGUGUUUCAUCAGUCACGAAUGUUUUCAAUUCGGUGUUCCAAUCGUCGUAUCAAGCCCUCCACUUGAUUGCAGAAGACGUCAACAUGCUCAAAGAGCCUCCUGUUCUAGUCACUGUCACUGCCUUUACGGAGAUGAUUACUUCCGCGUUACGGGUAAUUGAUUAUAUAGACAGAGUCACAGAUAUGGGGGAGAAAACUGUCCUGCAAGUCCAAGCUUUUCGGCUGUUUGCUCUUUAUGCCGUGUCAUACCUGAAAGACCAACUGCUGGCAGAUGAUGACUACCUGGCAGCUUUCACCGAACUGUCCAGUGCCUUUACUGCGACUAGGGCAGAUACGGCAACCAUUACAGUUCCUCCUUUCUUCCAAGAAACUCGCCAUUCGGCUUCCCGAGAGCUCCAAACGUAUAUCAAUGAGAGCUGGUCCCGGCACAAUGGGCGAUAUUACUUUACCCGCCGUGGCUGCCAUCAGCCACAGGAGGUUGGCAUAGAUCCUUCCAUUGCUUCGAAGUUGGACCACAUGCCGGAAGCAGCAUUCGAAGAUGCUGUUGGGGUUUUCUCGAGUACAUUAGAAACCCUUGAUCUAUUCGACGAUGCUCCCUAGAGACCUUAUCUGUCUCUAGUAGCUGAAAGCCAUCUGGGAAGGAUACAGGAUGAUACUCCAAACAAGGCGUAUGGUGUUUCAGGUUGGAAUUUUGUUUGAUGAUCCAUUUCCAUAGACAUGACCCCAAAUAACUUAUGUUUGAAUGAUGGCAAUAAUGAUGAAAGCUCUGAUUUAAUUCAUGUUUGAUAAUUGCAAGACAAUCAAACCUCCUGUAAUAUGCAUCAUUAGGUUAGAGAAAACACCAGCAAUACUCAAAUGGACCA